AUGUUAAGGUCACUGAAACUUCCGAGCUCCUAUAUAGGCACUAUGAGUUUAGAGUCAUGUCCUGUUGCCCUGCAUGCCCAAGAAGCCAUUUCAGCACAACAAGGCAUGCCCAUACUACUACAGGAACUAGGACUAGGUUGGUUCUGUGGAAACUAUGUGCCUCCUCAUCACUUCAUUCCAUUUCAAGAACCUUGUUCUCCACAUGUCCUGCAAGCCCAAGAAGCCAUUGUGCUAUGUUCAUACUAUGGAAUUCACAACUCUGUCCCUCAUCGUCAUCUCCUACCAUUCCCAAGCUUCCAACCCUCAAUUCAAUUUCAAGAAUCUGCAGCCUCAUAUGCCCUGCAAGCCCAAGAAGCCAUUUCUGCAGCACAAGGCAUGCCUCAACUACCACAACAACUAGAACUAGGAUCUUUCCAUGGAAUUGGAACCUAUGUGCCUCGUGAUUUCCCACCAAUCCCGAGCCUCCAAUGCUCAAUUCAAUUUCAAGAACAUGCAGCUCCAUGUGGCCAACAAUCCCAACAAGCUGUUGCAACACAAGAACAGCCAAAACUAGAAUUAGGUUCAUGCCAUGGAUUUUGCAAGUAUGUCCCUCCUGAUCUCCCACCAGUCCCAAGCAUCCAACACUUGAUUCAAAUACGCAGUAAGCCUUUUGAGAGACACUUGACAAAAUCUGAUGCGAUGUUCUCAUUAGAGGUGAAGAAUGUGACGCAGAAGAACACGUCUUCCCAUUGA